AGUCGGUUUGAAGAUUAGAUUAAUGGUUUGUUUCUUCGAGAAGCGACCUUCAACUGUCAAACGGCCACUGGCAUGUAUUCUAUGGGUAGAUUUGCGUAAACCACUCCUACGAGGCAAUUGGGAAAGUAGCAUCGUGUGCCCUUCCAUACGCAUAUUCUGUAGGGGCCGAUUCCAUUUACUAACUUCGUUCAAAUUGGAUUUAGAAGCAAAAACCCAACUGAUGCACUUUUGUGCUGGGAUUCUAGUGUAUCAAUUAACAAUGCUACGCCAAUACAAGGCAGUGUUUGUGGACGAUGUGUGCGUGUUUUGCAACGAGUGGACCUCGUGAAUCCUUGUCACGACUUGGACCUCCAAACCCCAAGCCAGCACGUUUUUAAGCUGAAAUUCUAAUUCGCAGCCGGGAACGUCCAGCCAACUUCUUACAUUUGCAGACCAUAUUCCACCUGUCCAAUUCACUUGUCAGGGCGUGCUGCUGCCAUAUCCCAAUCGCACGUACACACUCGCCAAACCGCUUAUUUUGGCCAUCAAAUCAUCCAACACCACCACACACGGCCCUAUCCGUACACGCCGUCACCGUACAAUGCGUUCCAUUUCAAACUGUCCGCUCGCACGCCCACAAUCGCAACGUCAAUCCAAAAUGCCCGACACUUUUUGGGUGCAUGGAAAAAUAUCAUCGAGCCCGUGAAAUUCUUCCGAAAAUCCAGUGAAAUUCCAAUUUGACGCGUCCAAAACGAUCGUGAGUGCUGGCAAAACAUCUGCCGAUUGUGUGCAAGUGACGUGAAUGUGAUUUGGCAGCGAAUGCGUUAGAAAUUUCAGUGAAAACCGUGAGCGGAACGCACGGCACGGAGACGACGAGCUCCACACAAAAAAUGUGUGUAUGAAAAACUGACAGAAAUCGCCGCGGCCGCCGUUCAAUCGCCUUUCGCGAGAAAAAUGUCCGCUCGGUCGAUGCAUUUGUUUCGGAUGCGUUGAAUUUACAUAGUGCCGGAUUGUUUGUGCAAUAUUUCGAGCCGCGGGCGGGUGUUUUCGCAGCGUGAAAAUCCCCAGAGUGGAAGUGGUCCGUGCGCGCCAUUUAAUUGCACGCUCGCCGUGGGAAGUCCAAACAAAGUCCUUUGGUGAAAAUCAAGGAUUUCCCGUGGCUUGGCUCGAGUCCGGCUUAAUUUGCGGCGUUUUUCGAGUGUUUAUGUUGUGCUGCAAGUUUCACGAGAGAAAAUGUCCAAUUAGUGAGUUGGGUUUUAUGGAACGCACAUUGUUGGACUCGGCGGAAAGGUUUUGCGGAGUUUGCCGUCGGGUCGAGUGAUUUUCCGAUUUGCAGAGCCAGUCCCGGAACAGGACGAGCGGAUUAAUGGUGUUUGCCAUAGUGUAAAAUGGUACAUCGUCGAGAGGGAACCACUGCCGGGAUUUUAUUGCUCCAACGAAGCGAGGAUGAUCGAAAGAAUUCUCUGUCGCGAAAUUGCAGUAUUCACGACAACACCCUCCUAUCAACAGCCGACGAUCAGGAAAGUCUACCUCAAACGUUCAGUGAUUCUAUAAACUCAUCUGAUUCACUAAAUCUACCCAAAACCCCGUCGCCACGCUCCACACCUUCUACGGCCUCCAGAAAAGGGCGUCAAACUUCUCAAGAUAAAUCUCCAAGGAAAGCUCCAUCCACGCCAGCUAAAAGGCAGCUUUUGAGAAGAGAAGGUAGCAAUGUGUCGCUAGAAACGUGCGAAACGGCAGCUACCCAGAAUGGUAACAGCGAAGAGUUCAUAAAACCUCUACGAUCAGGAUUUUUAAGGGCUAGCCGAUUGCAAUCUGCUACAUCUUUUGUGGAAAUCACAGGGACUGCUCGGAAAAGAGGACGUCGAAAGACCAUAUGCAAUUCUUUAGAAGAUUUCACCUCUAUUGAGCAGCGGCAAACUGAUCUUUCCAGUAAAUGCAUUUCUGCUGAGAAUUUAGCGCAAGAAGUUCAUCCAUACUCAGUUGAAAAGCUGACAUGCAGUCUCCCGCUAGAUAAGCUUUCCCUGGACAUUAUGAAAUCCAUAAUGUCUUCGUCCAAUAGAAAUACGACAACUCUUCGAACUCACUCCUCCGAUAGCGAUCUGACGAAAGGCUUCACCACUCCCUCUACAAAUGAUAUAGUCGGCCUAUCUAGUCCUCAGACAGCGGCCAAAUUAUUAUGUUUAUAUUGUGAUAAGAAAUUUACCAGUCAGAAAUUACUUUGUAAGCAUACAGAACGUGUUCAUGCGACGGAUGGCCGGCGUUUGAGUUCGAGAAACUCAAUCGCUUCACUAUCAUGGCCAUCGAUAAUUGCCUAUCCAGGUUGUUCGUAUUGCGGCAAUGGAGGUCACAAGUUGACCGCUUCGACCGGUCCGGCGGCUGUCGCAGAUGAUCUCAAAGCAUUAUUUCAUCAUUUUCUAGACGUACAUUCUGAUAGGUAUUACGCAUGCAAACCCUGUGAACUUCGAUUUCCUAACCCUGAAGCCAUGGACGAGCAUUUCACAAAAAAACAUGCGAAGAACUCGCAAAUAUCUAAAGAUGAUAUCAAUACAUCGAACAAAUCUGCCACAAAACGAGCAACAGCAGCAGGACAAAAUCCUUCCAUUGAAGAUCUCAGCCAGCCGCUUCACGUGAAUAUCGUUGAUUCUACAGAGAGAACUUCACCUUGUGGUGACGAUGAAACAGAAACUUUCACUGAGACGAUUUUCUCAACGAAAACUCGUCGCCAAUUGAAACAGCAAGCCAUGCAAACUAGAACCACAUUGGUGACGAGAUCCUGUCAAAACGUCCUACGGAAUAAUGAAGAUACAAUUCUUACAAGACUUGGAGUGGCUCAAAACCGAUUGCCUCGUGGUCGAAAAGGAACGCGGAACCGGAGACUUAUCAACGCAGAGGUAGUGAAACCCGAACAAAGUCCAAGUACGGUAGCUAAAGGUAGAAAUAAGAUUGGGCGGGUAAUCACCAGCAGCAUGAAAGAUUCGUCAGAUACCUCGCAAUUGAAAACCACAUCGAAUACACGAACAGAACCUUUAAGUUGUACCUUCGAGGACGAUUUCUAUGAGACUGUCAGCAUAAACGUAAGACAAAAUCUAAGUUGUCACUUGGAUGGAAAACUAGAAGGUGGACCGUCAUCGCCGAGCCCACUGAGUCCAGUUUCAACAGUGCCAGCAAUUCGGAGUACGGUCGUGCGGAGUCCUCUAAUCGCCGAUAGUGAGAUCCAUGAAGCUACUGCCUUGGCGACGGUCACAGCAUUCCCUACACUUCUCACUGCCGAACAAUACGGAAGUGACUGGAUCACUGAACGGAAAAUCAAACGCCCUAUUACGAAGCAUUCUUGGAAAUGGAAAUGGGACCGCGUUAAAAAAUACAAAUAUGUCAACGAAGGAGGAAAAAUAGUGAAGAAAAUCAAGCAACCGAUAUCUGGACUUCGGGACUUGUCAAAGCUAGACAUGUGGACGCAGCUUACAAUGCGAACAAAGCAUGAGAUUGCACGAAAGCAAAACACCGAGCUUGCAGGCACUACGGACAUCUCAGGCAUCGGUGAGGUGGCGCGCGAAGAAAAGCGAAAGCAGAUCACACAACUGAAUACAAUUCUGGAUAGCCGGGUAUUUCCGCAAAUUGUGCUAGAACAAACUGAGCAAUCUAUAGUCAAACUGGAGGCUUCUGAUCCCGAAAUACUAGAGGCAGAUCCAGCUACUGCUUCCAACGAACCCACAGAGGAGAGACCUCUUGACGAAUAUCGCAUACCGGAACUGCUUCAACUGAACCGUUGUGCGAAUCGUGCUCAUGAAAGAAAGAAAACCAUAAUCAUGAGUGGUGAAUGGGCUCGUCCUCGCUGUUAUAUAUGUUUCAGUUGUGGCGGCCGUUUCGACAAACUCAAGACCUUAGAAGAGCAUAAAGUUUCCCGUCAUCCGUACAUCUAUUCAACGCACUAUGAAAUUGUGGGGCGCGAACUCAUCGAGGGUGAUCUCUAUAAGCGCUUAUAUAUCCCUGUAAAAGCUUUACGCCGCCAUCUUGAGUACAAGCAGAGCAUAAAAGAAAUCAAGUCUGAGGGAGAUCCCUCUGGAUCAUCCAGUGGCAAUGGAGGCCACGGCGAAGAAGAGUCAAUGGAUAGUAUGAAUUCCCUAUCAGCAAGUACGACAUCGGCGAAUGGCAAUGGAACGGUAGCCUCACUGUCAACGAUCUCAUCCCUGGAGGAACACCUUCUAGCCGCCGAAGCUGCAACUGUCCACAUACCCCGUCGAUGUACCAAAUGUAAAAAAAUGUGUAAUGGCAAAUUAGAACUUUACCGUCACAUGCUUACCUGUUCCGGUGAUUACGCCUGGCGUAUCGCCCAAAAGCGAAAAUAUCGCUAUUUCGGUGUAAAAUCAAGACGUCAUGCACGUCAGAAUUUCCAGCGGUUACAACGACGCAAAGUCGUUGCGAAAAACGCAACGAAAAAGGAGCAAGGCGAGAGUGGUGCAAGCGGAAUUGGAAAAUCACCAAAAUGCAACGUUGUACGAUCACGUCCAAGUGACGCCGAUACCAUUCGUCGAAUGCUUGAAAAUCUACCGCCUAAACGAGCCUGCCGACAAAUUAUUCCCAACAUUACCAAACCUCGCUCUAAGAAAUUCACAAAAAAUUUAGGAUUAAAAAAGUUGGUUAACGCCACAUGUAGUAAAAAGGUGAAAGGGAAAGCAAUGACUGUGGCAAGUACAACCUUGACUGCCAUAUCAUCGAACAUGCGUCGAAAGCAAAGGAUAAUUGCCAGACAAAUUACAAGACGAUCGGGACGAAUGGCUAUGAGACUUAGGGAGCUGAAACAAAACAGUAACAAUAAGGCAACUGUCGAAACAUCCCCCAAGAAGAACUCGUCGCCGAAUUCGCAACAAAAGAUAGUGAAGCAGCCACAAGCUGGUCCAAAAUCGCCACCAAACUGUGAUAAAACUACUAGUGAAAAGAAAACUCCCGGCAAUGGAAAGAAGUCCAAGAAAAUGGACAACCCAGAACCCGAAGACGGUGGGAUUGACGUUCCGGACAGUCCGAGUCAAAACGAAAAAACGCCCAAGAAGAAGACGCCCACCAAGCGAUGUCAAGACAAAUCACCUAAACACGAUGGUGAUCUAUCGAAUGCUCCAGAACCAUCGAAAACCCCAAAACAGUCGCCCAAACGUGAUAACCCAUCGAUAGUAGAGAAUCCAACAGAACCAUCAACUUCCAAAUCAAUCAGCCCGACUGAACCUUUAAAUCUAGUCGUGCCAUCGCCGCAAAUUCGAUCGCAUUUACUCCAAGUCAGUCCCGUGAACAAACGACAACGGGGAAAGAAACUCACCGACUGUAUAGCAAAGCUGCAGGAAAAGCUUGGCAAACCAUUCUUCGAGGGCAACGAAAAUUUGGAAACAGUACUUUCAGCUAGACAACAAACCCCGCCACAAGAAACCAGCGCUCCAAAUAACCUCGAAAUCUCCUCUGCCCCGAUCGAGUCGAUUGUGACGAGAACUCCGAAACGGAAAACAGUCACUAGAAAAAUCAUUCAGAAAACUAAUUCGGAUGCAUUUAUCACACCGAAACCAGCUCUAAUAGCACCUGCCAUUAAAGUGGAAAGCGAGGACGACUCCCUGAUUUCCGCGAAAUUGAAUUCGAAGGAAGACAAUAUGUCCAUGACAAGUGAUAUGUACGAUAGUCUAGUAGAAAGCGAUAAAUGUGAUCUUCCAGCGGGAACAACUACUGCUCCUAAAGACAAUACUCUUAAUGAAUUCAACGAUAGCGCCGUUUCGUCGAUGUCAACGGACAGUAUUUCAAUCCAAAAUAGCACGCCCGUGAAAUCUGGUGAGCGCGGCACUUUGAAUGAAUUCUUCUCCGCUCAUUCAGAGCUGAUGCUUAGAAAAAGCACCAGAAAAAACGAUAAAGCUUCUAAUUUCUUGCCAGUUCUUGAUUCAGUCGAUACUUGCAAUUCAGAAAACGUGCUUAACCUCUCCAUGGGCAAUGCUCAUAAGACAACGAAAGAAACAUUUUUUCGACCAUUUGCAAACGAAAGAUCCACCCGGAAAGGUAGAUCUAGCAAAAGCCCACCUGAUUCAACCACUAUUGAAACCCCACCUGUAUUGGAAGAGGCCCUUAAUCUUACCGUUGCUAAGAGACGAAGCUCCUUGAAGUCAAGCCCUCCAAGACUACAGACCCAAGAGGAAGUAAUCAAUGCGUUGCCUGCGAGUAAUAAUGUUGAAAGUACGGAAAUGCCGAUACUAGCAGAAGAAAAGGAAGAUGUUGAAAAGAUGAAUGCUAGCGUCACUUCGAAAGAAGAUCUUUCCUUUAAUGCUGAUUCUACAAAGAUUGUUCCUAAAAAGAGAGAAAGGAAGAGUGUCAAAUCAAAAAAGGUUGCGCCAGUGACGAGCAAUGUUGUGGCAAGUGAAGUUCAGGUGCAGGACCAACCAGAGAUAGAGAUCGUGAUUCCUCCAGAAACUCCAAAAGUCACCCCUAAGAAAAGUAAAGCCGGCAACAAAGGCACAAAAAGGUCUAAAACAAUACCUCCCGCUGUUGAAGUCAAUGAUACGCAGCCACAAGUAGAAGAAGUAAUUAAGGCGAUCUUGCCCGCUGUAAAUUCAUCAUCCGUGAUUCCAGUUUUGCCAGUUAUAUCUGCAACUGAAUUAGUCACUCCCAAAGUAUCGGUGGCGUCUAAGGAGGAUACUGUCUUGUCAACCCUCGUUGAGAACUCCGUCAAAGAUUCUGAAGCUCCGUCUCCUCCUGAUACAAAGCGAGGAAGAGGCCGGCCACGAAAGCAAGAUAUUCUUCUAGACAUUCCGAAAUCAAUUGAUAUUGAAGAUCUGAUACCACAGAAUAGGAUUGAGAAUACAAUGGAGGAAAAUAUUGUACCGGAACUGCCAGAGCCAAUAAUAGUAGCUCCCAAAAAAGGGAAGAAGGCUACAGCACGUGGUAGGAAUUCCACGAAACGGAAUGAGACUGUCAAAGACUUUGUAGCGGAAAGCACAAACAAAAUGUUGAAAGAAAGUGUUGUGGAUAAAGUCGUGGAAAAAGUGCUAGAAGAAAAGGUUGUAGAGACAAAGGAGCAAAAGGAUACAGAAACUAAAAUCACUGAAGUGUUGGAAGACACAUCUGCCACUCCGAGGAAGGAGGAAAUCAAAAUUCAGGUAACCAACAAUGACAAAGAUCCUGACACUGAUCAGGGGAAUUUAGUGAUAACUACUAAUGCCAGAAGUAGAGGAAGGCCGAAAAAGGCACUUAAGAAAGCUUCUCCAAAACCUCUUCCCGAACAAGAAGUUCUUCCCGAUAAAGAAGCAAUUGUGAUCAAACCAUCCAGUAAAAAGAAAAAAUCGAGUGAAACUGAAAAAACUCCCGUUGUAACUGAGCCUCUACCACCUACAGAGAGCGAUAAAGACGAGCCGGUGAACUGCCCGAAUGAGGUGGAGAAAAUAGAGAAUACAAUUAUUGAAACUGUUCAAAAACAGGAUGUAAAAGCAUCGGAUGUGGAAGGCACAACAGUGAACAAAAAUAGCGGCCAGUUAUUGAGCAGUUUGCCUGACCUUCCUAGCGACAAACACGUUUCCAACCAUACAUCAACCGGUGAAAAGUCCAUUUUUGAUACUUUGCGUGAGGUACAAGAGAAUGCGUUCUUCAGCCGCCAAGAGAAUGCAGGCCUGACCAGAAAGUAUACCAGGAAAACCAUUUCAGCCAAAAAAUCCAUUCCAAAAUUUUCGCUUCCCUCCGAGACGCCAUCGAUUAGCGGGACUACAGCAAGCAAUGACUUGUUUGCUGAAAUCACGCUCAAUGAUGGCAAACAUUUAAUGACAUCAUUGUCAGAACCUCGACGAUCUGUUGAACAACCGGAACCAACAACAUCUAAGUCUUUUGAUUUACAAUCGGCGAAAACCCCCGAAACACCGAAAAGGCAAGUAAAUAAAAGGCGCAGCAAUCGUAAUCGAAACGGUAUCCAAAUACUUCCAGACAACUCGAGCAUUUGUAAAGAGCUGGACGAAAUUGUUGCAAGUUUUCUUGAAGAUGAAGACCUGCCAGCGAAAGAGUCCAAACUUGUUGAUGAAUUCGACGGCCCCACACGAUUCAACAAUGUCGAAAGCUUACUUGCCGAAGAUAAGGCCGUGGCAUCUACUUCGAAAAAUGUUGCUCCUUCUGUUAGUAAAGGCGUAGUAAUGACGAAUGAUGACAAGGGUGCGAUCGCAGACCAAGUACCGGUGGAUAAAACAGAAUCAAAGCCAAAACCAUCUGAACCUACUUUUGAUCAAAGAAUAGUAUGUAAAGAACUGUCGGUAACUCUUACGAAAAUGUCUGAUAGUGAAAUUGAAGCACAAAGAAACGCAGCCAUGACGAAGAAAGCAGAGCUGGUUGAGCCGAUCCCAGCGGUUGUGCCGAAAGAACAAAAACUGACGCUAGGUAAAGUUGAAUUGACUGAGAAUUCGCUGCCUAAAAGAAAUCGGUCUCGCAGGCUCUCAGUGAAACCAGAGAAUAUUUCGUUGACAGAUAGCUUGAAUGAUUCGAGUAUUAUCGAGCCAAAAGUCCCAAUUGUAAAUAAUGAUGAGACGAAGACUGCGAAAAAGUCUCGCAAACGAAAGAAUACGUCAAUCGUAAGCGCAUCCGAAGAGGUUCAAAACGAUAUUAAGAAAACCGAGGAUACUCCCACGGAACCUCCAACAUCAGAAAAGCCCCCGAUUGAUGUGACUCAAACGGCGGAUACAAAAGAGAAGCAAACUGAAAUUGAAGAGAGGGUUACUUCAAAGGAGACCAUUCUGGAUGCCAUACAUACAGACGAUUCAAAAUCAACUCCAGCACUAGAAAAUCAGAAACCAUCCGCUGAUGAAUCGGUUCCUAAACCAACUACUGUACGGCGACGACGGAAGAACGAAUUAGCAGCAAUUGUGGCCGAUCAACUCUUAGAGAGCUUCAAAGAAGUCGACAAAUCGCGGAUCGACGAACUCAAGAAACUGGAAAACCUAGCCUAUGAGAAAAGUGAUGACCUCUACAUUACCGGGAUACGAUUAACUCCACUAACCAAACGUAAAAUCGUUUUAUCAGAUCAAAAAGAGGACAGCAAUCCUCCAAAAGAAAAAGAAAAACCAAAACCAAAAACAAAACGGAAAAAGGACGGCACAACCAACUUUGACCUUGCCAAAGAAUCGGAUUCAGAGCGGGGGACUACGGAUUCAGAGAAACCAGUCACAAAGUCACAAAAAGCCAAUGAAAAAGAUAAAUCAAAAACUUCACAUGAGAAUCUAUUCCGAAAUUUCGCAGAAACUCAAGAAACUCCUAAAUUGAAUGUAGAACCUAUAUCACUUCCAAAACUAAGCAGCAGAAAUUUCAACCUCACUUUUGGCACGUUUCGGUCAUACACGUCACAAGAAUUCACCUUCAGUGCUCAAAAGGAAACAAUGCUAAAGUCUCAGUUUAUUCCUGGAUCUGCGGAGACCUCCUGUUCGGUGGAUUCACAUGGGAAUCGAAUGCCAGACGAUUUCUCCCUGAAAACUCCCACCGAUAUAGCAAACAGCAAAUCAAGUUUGCAACGGAAGCUCAAGAAGAAAAUGAAUCGCUACAAGAAGGAGAGAAAAGCAGAAAAUGAGAAUAUAAACGAGCUUCGCACCGGCUUGGAGUCAUUCACAUUUGGAAAGAACACGUUUCAACAGUUUGGAAAGGGUCUCUUCGGAAGCAUAGGUUUCAUGGGUCUGUUCAGUUCGAAUAACAAGGAGAAGGCUAUGCAGCCAUUGGUUAGUAAUACGGUGCCAGCUAUUCGGAAUUCGGAUGCGGAGAGUAAGGAAAGUAAUCGUUUAGAGAAGAAGGAUGAUGAAACGAGGAAACCUCUACUUCGCCCAAGCUUGUUGUCAGCUGUCCUGUCCCAGGAAAAAGCUGCAAAGAAAACGAGCCGAGAUCCUAGAUUAAACAAGAGUAAACAGAAACCUUCAGUUGAGUCUCGGAAAGAAAGUGGAAUAAGCCUUUCGUCUGCGUUGAAAUCAUUGCGGACCUCUCCCGAGGAAGAAGAUGCAAAUGAAGCUUUCAUAAAACCUAAAACUAAAAACGGGCCUAGGGCUAAAAGAGGAGCGAAAUCUUUGCAACUAGCAAAAAGUGCCCAAUUGGAGAACAACGAUGAAGAUGAUGACGAUAAUUGUUUAGCGGCAAUAGCCGAGAGCGUCAACAACCGAAUUAUGUGCGAAGAAGAGGAGUUCAGCCAAACAGAUGAGUUCGACGCUGCCUUACCAUCUGAAGCCACGUCAACCCAGACCCUGCCACCAACCGUGAAACAUGCCCCACCACCAGUGUCUGACGAUCAAAGAACAUCAGAUGUUCCAAAUGAAGACGAAAAUACAAACACGGAGCUAAUUGACAUGGAUCUAGAGGACGAUAUCAGCAUAUAUACAAGCUUCUCACAGGACGUGUCAUCAUUGAGUAAAUCCAAAUUUGGCCAGAAAAGACGUAGACGACGAUCAAUUCUGUUAGCUCGGCGCCCUAAGAAAAUUCCAGAUCCAUCUCUUCCAGAUCAAACUUUCGAUUGUACAAUUUGUAACAAGUCCUUCGGUAAGGCCACUGCCUUGGCAAAGCAUCAGCAAACAUUCACACAUGUUCAGAAGCUCUCGGAAUAUGAAUACUUGCAUAAAUUGAAUGAGCCUAAACAGAAAGACAUCGGGAAUGAGGAUUCUGGAAGAAAAGAGAAAAGUGCCGCCGUGGAAUCUCUUCCUGCGUCUCCUGAAAAGGGUGCAGAAGCAAAUGUGGCAGAUGAAAAUGAACCCGAAGAAGAGGAAGAGGAGGAACAAGAAGAAGAUGAAGAAGAGGAAAAUGAGCCUGCUAUUGAACAAUCCAAAACACAGGACAUUCUGCCGGCAGUGCUUCCACCAGAAGUGUCCGUUACGGAAUCACCGGCCAUCCCUCCUGCCCUGAAACCUCCUGAAAUCGCUCCGGCUAAACUGGCUCCUGUCGCCCCAACCGGAAUAGAACCGAUUUCUUCUCCAGAACAAGCUGACGCUACCUUCGAACGUUUCCAAAAUACAACUUCUCGAAUCGCUUUGAGUCAAGAGGAGCGUCUUUUCUACGAAUGUUGCAAUAUGCUGAAGGGCUCAGAAACGCCCAUGGUUGAACGCACAUAUCCCAUUGUGCCAAACACAUACACAACAUAUGACGUACCAAACAAACCGGUCACACCAAAAUCCAGCGAACGUUUCUCUUAUAUGGGAUCCGAGGUAACUGGCAAUUUCCAACACGGCACAGCGUACACAGUAAAGUCUCCUAUGUCUCAAUCACGAACCAGUCCCCGCUAUGCAUAUCCUAAAAUCGAUAUUAACCAAUUUAGUGACAUUUCUUCCGAUUCAAAUCCCGCUUUCACUAGAGCUCAACAGCUUCACAUGGCUGCACUGCAAUCCGGCUCUGAAUGCCAUCCAAUCGCCGACACAACUCCUACGGCAGGCAAAUUACCUUUCUACGAUCAAACUGCAAAUAGACAACCGUUUGUGGGAGAGCAACUGCCUCAGCCGCUCGGUCACGGCUACAAUCAUCAUCCAGAUGGAGGUGCAUACUACACUGGCAAUGAGGAGAAUGUUCGGCAUUUACCUUUAGAGCUGAGCGAAACGGCCAGAGUUCUAACGGCUCGAACCUACAUAGGCGAUCAGAGAGGAAAGGUGAGCAAUGUAGUUGCCAGUAGCAUGACGGCGGGAUAUUCGACUGUAAUGAUGGAGUCCGAAAGGAGUGGCGUGCCAAUGGGAAACGAACAACCUUUAACAUCACCCCUGCACUCCAACUCUUCACAAGGAUCCAACAACACCGUAACCACCUGUCGUAUGCGUACAAAAGCUGCAAUGAAAGGAUAUGACAACUUCAAAGUUUCCAUUCCAACUAUGGGUCUCGACAUACAACAAGCUCUCGAGCGCAGUCCACACGGCGGAUGCAAACUAACAGCACUUGCAGAGAUCGCCUUAGGUAGCGAGGCUCCUAUUACGCCGCCACGAUAUCAUCAGCCGCCCGGCACCCCAACCACUCCAGGUACACCGCUUCAAGAUGAAUCAUAUGAAAAACAUUCGCAACAGCAAAAAUCGAAACCUGAUAUCAACGAGAAGUUUGCCAAGAAGUACCAAGAACUGAUUAUGAAUAAUAUAAAACCCGCCGCAACGAAAACGGUUAAGAAAAAAGAAGUCUGUGAUAAUAUUGGUAGUAAGUCAGGUUAUCGAUCGAAGCGAGCGAAAGGUGCCAACAAGGGGAACGCAGCUGGCGAUUUCGCAAAUAAGCUCAGCGAGGACGACAGGCCUGUAAUUGAGAAACCGCCGAAAGACAUUUACGAAUUCGACGAAUCCCAAGAAGCGAUGGACAAAGAGACCGACAGAGGAAGUCCUUCUAAAGGGCGCAACUCGAUUGUGAUACCGGAGCGACCAUUUAAAAACAUUGGCUCCGAGGAGCAAAACAUUAUCAAAUUCAAUAAACCAGACGAAAUCGCGGUUCAGAACGAAGAGGAAAGCCAGAUGUCAACCACGAGCUAUUCCGAUCGCGACGAUUUCAAUUAUGCAUCGAUGAGCGAAGGCGGCGGCGAAGAUACAGACAAGGAUGAGGAGGAACAGAAGAGUAGCGAUAGCGAUAGCUGCGCUAGUGCUCAAACAGCCAAGACCCACAAAUGUAUGAUUGUAGGGCGGAUUUUCGGUAAUGCCACGAAAAAUCGCCCGGUGGAAAAUACAGAAAAGGCACCCAUCGUGGCUGAACCAAAGAAAAAGAUUCCCAGUCAAGAACUCAAUGAAAUGUUCGAUCGCCUGAGAAAGGAUGGAGGUAAAAGUGGGGAGGAUAAAAAAGAAAGCGGUGCAACUAAAAGUCAACCUCAAGACAGUGUUGAGAGGAAAGAAACCGGCAAAGGUGCUUCCGCCAAAACAUCGAAAGCAAGCAAAGCUGCUACCGAGAAAGCCCAAAAAUCGAAUGCUGCCAGCAAAGCAUCAGCAACUUCGAAAACUAAAACGACCUCUUCGGAACCCGCUAAACGCGAAAGCCAAAGAUCAUGUAAAACGACCGAAUCGGAUUUCCCUCGAGAAAUUGCGAAACUUCAGGCAGAGCUUGGCAUGACAGCCGAAGAAAUCGCAGAGCUGAUAGGGGAGGGUAAGCGGAAAUCUCAACGAAAAUGUGCAAUAAAUCGUCCACGAACCGUUGUAGACACGUGGAGCUCAGACGAAUAUGAAGAUUUUCUCUCAACAAAAGAUGUUAUUGCAUUCAUUGAGGAGAAAGAGAAGCGCAGCAAGAAGAAAAAGGUCACAGCAACUAAGGUUGAUAAGAAAAGAGGUGAUAAAACAGAAUCUACUGCCGUCGUUGACCAAAAAGAAGAUGACAACGAAACUAGCACAGCUCAGCAAAAUAAAAGUCAACAAACGAGUGGAAAGCUAGCCAACUCAGGUACUGCUUCCAAGCAAGAAAAAGAAAAGCCUGAGAAAAAUCCAAAUCCAACUGCAAAAGACAAAAAAUCACAACGAGUUGUUGACCGCCUUUUACAGAGAUUUAAUAAAAAUCGAGGCGGAUUGAAGAAAAAGCCUGCAGCAGUAGCCUCCAAGCCUGAAUCGAAUGAAGCAUCAAAAACCCCAGCGUCUUCACAGCCUGAAGAACAAUCCCCUGAAAACCCUACAGACGAUGUAACACCGGAAGGCAAUUCAUCCCAAAAGAAACAACCAACACUCUCCGUCAAACCCCGCUUGAAAUCCCGCCGUCACACCGACAACGAUUCUGAAAGUGAUUUCGAAAAAGAAUUACGCCGCCGCAAACCAUCUGCCCCCAAGCGAACUACAUCCUCCAAAAUCAACAAGCGACGCAAAACAAUAGCAUUCAAGGAGGAACACAACGACAUGACAUCUGAUUCUAAAUACCCGCAAAAGCCGAAACAAUCGGCCAGUUUGAAAACGGACGAUCAACCUUCCCAGCCCGCAGCUAAGAAACCAUUAUCACCGGAAUCUUCGUCAACUGUACGACCACUUGCCCGACGAAAACGCAUUGCUUCGGAAAUGCUCUACUAUUGGUCGUCAUCAUCCAGUGAUGAGGAAUUCGGUCGAAUUGAAACCAACGAGGACGACUUAACACAAAAGGAUGAAUAUUUACCCAAACAUGGAUGGAUUGUAGGUGAUUCGCACAAAAAAUUGGUAACACUACUCGCUACAGCUAAAGGUAAAAAGAUGACGACGGAUUUAAAAGAGCCAGGGACGAAAAAAAAAGCGUAGAAAGACUGUAGGGAAGGAGAGGUAGUAGAAGUAGAGACAGAAAGGGUGUAAGAUAGGUUGAGGAAAACUGAAUUUUAGUACAUCCGACGAAAUGUACAGGGAGAUGUGUGAAAUGUAUGGUUUUUGUUAAGAGAAAGUAAAAUAAUUCUAUUUUACUUUAGAUAAUGCCCUCUUUAGAGAUCCAAUGUUUUGCGCUUCGUAAAAGACUGUGCCAGCCAAUCGUUGCUUUUGACCGGUGCUCGAGGUUGUUAGAUACAGGUAGUCAGAUAUUGGGCUGGAAAAAUCGGGAUGUCAAGCAUAUUGUGGUGAAACUUGAACACAUACCAUUUGAACAUCUCUCCAGGUGCAAAUUCAAUCAAAGCUUGUUUCCAGGUUAUCGUUUCUUUCCAAUUGCGAUGUGACUUUCAAUAUUAUCUCUUCAUCAAGCAUUAUAGACUAUACAAUCAAUUGGAGAAAUGAGCCCGAAUCUUCACUUCAAUUAGGUAAAAAGCGAGCCCCUGUAUAAAAUAAGAACGCCUUUCGCCUGUUUCCAAAGAGGAUUUCGAUUGAUUUUUGAUCCUCCAGCAUUAACUGUCUGUCCGAGGUCGGCAUUUUUCCUGUUUUAUGAGUGAUGUCGUGAUUAGUUAGUUUUCCGCAAGGGACACUUUUUGUUAAACAUGAAAAGAGUCCCCAAUGUAACACUUCCUUGAUAAAUGAUAAAUUACACCUGCCCGAAUUGCAUUCUUAUUUGUUGUUCCUGAAUUUAUUCAAAGUCUCCGAAGGAAACAGAUUUUAUUGAAGUAGGUGUUUUCCUAUUUCUUUCUGUGCGCUUGGUAUCAAUUUUUCUAAGUCAUAUUAUGCCGAAUCCACAUGUUUUCCAAAUCUCAACAAGCCAUCGCAAAUUGAAAGGUAUGGACAGAGUAUUUGGUUUGGCUUGUGUAGGUUGCUUGCAGCACCUGCCGUCGAUCCAAUUGAAUGUCGGUUUUUUCGACAAACCAAACGGAAUUUGCUUGUCUGAUUAGAAAACACUAAUGCACUUGCAGACGUGUGGAUGGCGAUGUUUGGUCUCCAAAUUCAAGACAAACGUUUUGAUGUUUGAAGUUUGCAGCAAGUUCCAAACAUGUGGAGCUGGCAUAACAUCAAUUUAUAUGUCUUGAAUUUCAAAAAACCAACACUGCAGCUGCGCAGAAUUUCGGACUUGCCUUCAAUUUUUUCAUCCACCUGCUUCUACCGAGGCAAAUAUAAAAUCGACUUAAAGAACUUAUGAUCGACACCAGGAGUCAAAACCUUAAUAGGACCGUCCAGAGAAACCUUCAAAUUGAAUAGCCCUAACUAUGAUGGAUUUACAAUGUCUUAAAGUUUCUCCCACUUUAUUAGAAUGUACCGAGUGAACUAUAUUCAACUUAGUUCGACUUUCGCUCAGUACGUCUUUCGCUCUCGGUUCCGGAUGAUAGAAUCUUAAUGAAAGUCUGGUUACGUUGAUUUGAAAUUUUGGAUUGUGUUGCCAUCUGAUGUUACUCAUUAUUAAUAAUGGAAUAUUGAGGAAUUUUGAGUAAUCUCGCCAUUUUGGUGGAAGUAGCAGGUGGAGAAACUGAAAAAAAGAGCGAGAUCGGGUACCGUCCGUAAAUUAAAUCGUAAAGGGAACACAAAUUAUUGGUUUACAGUGAGAUUUCUGAAACUGAAGGAUUGAGUGAAAUUGAGACCUGUUUUUGCUGUUUGCUAGUGUUAUUUAUUAUACUUGUAUAUACAGAUAUUUCGGAAACCACUUGUUCCCUUUAUCAGUGCUACAAUACCUGCAACACUGAUGAAGCGUUCGUGCUCACUGCGCCGCCAAGAAAUGACUGCACUUAGCUCGUGACGACCCAUGUCCGCUGAUGGGUCGUCUUGGUCGUUGCAGUUCUCUUGACAGUGGAAUGCAAAUGUUGAAUAAAAAUUCUGGACUUUGUGGUGCUAGAAUAUACGAAGUGAAGAGAGAAUCUCAACUCAAGAUUUCCCGUUGUAAUUAAUUGAGUUUGCUAAAAACAUUUGAAUAUGCCAUAACAGUUCAACCCACAGUAACAUUUUGAAUCAAAGAGUAUAACUGCGUUGCCUUUGAAGUUCUGAACGCUCGCGAGCCUUUGCAUUGCAUACCGUUGUCAGUUUUUGAUCGCCUGCGCGUUGUGACUUAAAAACAUUUCGACGGAAUGUCAAAUCAGCUGAGGAACAACAAGAAUAUUCCAUUAAAUUACAUUGCAUACAAUACAUACAAUUACAUAAAGUUUUCCUAAAUAAUUAGCUAACGCAGUUACAGGAGGUGAAUCAUCCGAUUUCGGGCCGAGUCAAGAUCACAGUGCAUUCUGCGCAUUUAUUAAUGUAUUGUGUGUUGUGUUCCCAUCAUCUUCAAUGGCGCAACAACCGGUAUCCGGUCUAGGCCUGCCUUAAUAAGGAACUUCAGACAUCCCGGUUUUGCGCCGAGGUCCGCCAACUCGAUAUCCCUAAAAGCUGUCUGGCGUGCUGAC